CUCUAAAUUUCCAACCCCCCUUCUUUUUUUAUUUUUUAUUUUUUACUUUAUGCAACAUCUAGAACUUGUGCCAGAAACUGUAACAAGUGUGCGUGUUCAACUGUGUGCGUGAAGAGGUCCACAAAAACUGCUAGUUCAUCAAAAUCCUGAGAGAUACAAGACACAAGGCGACCAAUAAAGACAUCCAGCGGUGUAUCAUUGGGUGGUUGAUUAAGAAUAGUAUUUAACACUCAAGCAAAAAAAUCCAACAAAAAACAAAAACCUAUAUCAAAGUUCAGCAAGUGCUCAAGCAAGUUUUGUUCAAGUUUAUGGGAAAAUAUGGGCAGCCCCUGGAAAGGCUUUGUUGAGUUUACCUUGCCUGCGUCGCCACCCACCGCGUUUGUUAGCGCUGACCUGAGCAGCACCUCCCCUGUCGGACUCAGCCUGUCGCCAUAUGGCCGAUCCAUGAGUUUUGACCCAGGCAUGCUCCACAACAAUGGGCACACCGCAUAUGCCAAUGGCUCAGGGCCUGGCAUUAGAGAGACUGGUGUGGUGGAGAAGCUCUUGACGUCCUAUGGGUUUAUCCAGUGCUCUGAACGUCAGGCUCGUCUCUUCUUCCACUGCUCCCAGUACAAUGGCAACCUGCAGGAGCUUAAAAUAGGAGAUGAUGUAGAGUUUGAAGUUUCCUCUGACAGGCGCACUGGCAAGCCCAUAGCAGUGAAGCUGCUUAAGAUAAAGCCAGAAGUGCUGCCAGAGGAGCGCAUUUCGGGCCAGGUGGGGCCAGACCUGCACGCCUAUCCCUUUACUGUGCUGCAUGGUUAUAUUCAUCCAGUUGUGUCAUCAAUCCCGUUGCAUUUGGAUGGAAAGUCUGCUCCUGGACAGGUGCCCACUGGCAGUGUCUGCUAUGAAAGAAAUGGGGAAGUAUUUUACCUUACAUAUACUCCUGAUGACGUGGAGGGAAAUAUCCAUUUGGACACGGGGGACAAAGUCAGCUUCUAUAUGGAGACCAAUAAGCAUACUGGUGCAGUCAGCGCUCGUAAUAUUCAGCUUGUGAAGAAAAAACAGAUGAGGUGCCAGGGUGUAGUGUGCGCUACAAAGGAGGCCUUUGGAUUCAUUGAAAGAGCAGAUGUGGUGAAGGAAAUCUUCUUUCACUACAGCGAAUUCAAAGGUGAUCUAGAGGCUCUUCAGGCUGGAGAUGAUGUGGAGUUUACCAUCAAAGAUAGAAAUGGUAAAGAAGUAGCAACAGAUGUGAGGCUCCUCCCUCAAGGAACCGUCAUCUUUGAGGAUAUCAGCAUUGAGCAGUUUGAAGGCACCGUUGUAAAGGUCAUUCCCAAAGUCCCCACCAAGAACCAGAAUGACCCUCUGCCCGGUCGUGUCAGUGUAAGGAUGGGUUUCAAUGACAAGGAACUGCCGUUUGGCGAGAAGGACACAAAGACCAAGGUGACUCUUUUGGAAGGAGACCACAUACAAUUCAACAUCUCUACUGAUCGCCGAGACAAGCUUGAGCGGGCUACCAACAUCGAAAUCUUGCCAGACACUUUCAAGUUCACCAAGGAGAAUCGUGAAAUGGGGGUUAUUGCAGCUAUACGCGAUGGCUUUGGAUUCAUUAAGUGUGUGGAUCGGGAUGCCAGGAUGUUCUUUCACUUCAGUGAAGUCCUAGAGGAGGGCCAGCUUCAUAUCUCAGAUGAAGUGGAGUUCACUGUUGUGCCUGUAGGUCCUGUUUAUAAGCUUUUCAAAAAAGAUAUGCUGUCAGCUCAGAGAAACCAUGCAGUGCGCAUUAAGAAGCUUCCAAAAGGCACAGUGUCUUUCCAUAUCCAGUCUGAGCAACGUUUUGUGGGUGUAGUGGAAAAGGAAGUCGUUGGAAACACCGCCAAGAACAUCAGUCCCACCAAGGGCAAGGAGAAGAAAAAAGAUAAGGGUAAAGUUGUAGAAAAGGAGUCUGAGGAGGGAGUGAUUGCAUAUGAAGACUGUGGAGUGAAGCUCACUGUGCCAUACCAUGCCAAGGACCUAGAGGGAGGAAGUCACCCACAGGUUGGGGACAAGGUGGAGUUCUCAAUCAAUGAAGUGAAGCGAACUGGCCAACAGAGUGCCGUCUCCAUCCGGGUCCUCAACCGUAAUGCCUCUGGUGCCAAGAGACUGCAUGGAUUUGUUGCUGCACUGAAAGAUAACUUUGGUUUCAUUGAGACAGCAAAUCAUGACCAGGAAGUGUUCUUUCACUACAGUGAAAUGUGCGGAGACUUGGAUAACUUGGAUCUGGGAGACACAGUGGAAUACAAUCUCUCAAAGGGAAAAGGAAACAAAGUCAGUGCUGAAAAGGUCACCAAGGUUGCUGCAGUGAAUGGAAUUGGUGAAGAUGUUGGUGGGACAGUGAUGACAGGGAAAGUUAUCCGUCCUAUACGCAGUGUUGACCCCUCCCAGACUGAAUACCAAGGACUUGUUGAGUUCUCAGAGGAAGGCGGAUCAAAAGUGCAGAAUUAUCCAUUUGGAAUCAUGAGUAUGGCAAACAAGUCUGAUUGUUUGCAAAAAGGAGAACAGGUGAAGUUCCAGGUUUGCACAAUAACCCAGACUGGCCAGAAGAUGGCCUGUAAUGUGGUUCCACAGCGUAGAGCCAUGGUGGAGUGUGUUAAAGACCAGUUUGGCUUUAUCACAUACGAAGUUGGUGAUAGCAAGAAGUUAUUCUUCCAUGUAAAAGAAGUGCAAGAUGGUCUGGAGCUUCAGACUGGGGAUGAAGUGGAGUUCUCAGUUGUCCUCAAUCAACGCACAGGAAAAUGUAGUGCCUGCAAUGUACGCAGAGUCAGUGAGGGGCCUAAACCAGUGGCAACUCCACGUCCUGACCGCCUGGUGAACAGACUGAAGAGUAUCACGCUUGAUGAUGCCAGUGCUCCUCGCCUGGUCAUUGUAAGGCAGCCUCGUGGUCCUGACAAUUCAAAGGGCUUCAAUGUGGAGCGGAAGACUCGCCAGCCUGGUGUCAUUGACUGAGCAAUACAGGGCCUACCCCCAUUUGGUGUUGGAGGGACGCUGUCGCCGAGAGCAGCAGCAGGGGAUAAGGGAAUUUAAUUUGACACAUGCUUGUACACAAACUCAUCCGCAAAACAUACGCACACAUACAGUAAUUGGCAUGUGUAAUCUUUGUCCCCAGUCUGCAGUGGAACUUUUCUUAUUCCACAGUUCCCUGCCUCCCAUGUAUGAUGUACUUGAUACAGAGUUCCACGCUGCAGUGUACAUGGGGACCUCUGAGUGUGUGCGUAUGAUGUAUCCUAGAAUUGAUUAGUGUGUAAUGGAGGUAUUUGUUUCUAAGGGGCUUGUUCCCUCCAAGUCAGAGUGGUGACUGUGUGGCUGUCUACGUCCUGAUUUUGUUCUUUGUCUGGAAUUCUGCACCUGUAAUCUGUCCGCUAGUUUGACUGGGCGAGUGACUGUUAGCAUGUGUUUGAACCUCAGCUCCAUAUUCGUUCUUACUUUUUGCUCCCUUACCGACGGAAACGUAAUAACUUCGCUAUCAGGUUUCCACUCCUGUAUGCUUUCCUACAAAACGCAUAAAGCAAAGCUCCCUCCAUAAGGAGGAUCAUAUUUCUCAUAUGUGCAAGCUUAAACCGAGGAUUCUUCUCUGCUCGUUUUUUUUGAGCAGUUUUUAAUGCUUUAUUGAAGUGGAAGCAUGGCGCGUGUGUGAUAUAUGUGAAUGUCAAAGUAGUUAAUCUAAUGGGAUUUAAUUCCACCAGUCUGGAGUUUUGAUGCCUUUUUGGUAUUCACAUGCUCCACUUCAGCAUUCUUUUUCUUCCUCUUCUCCCUCUCCCCUCCCAGGUGCAGAAUUCCUUGUGGCAUCUUAUAUCUGCAGUUCUUUUAUACUUUUUUU